AAUAGUAAUGUGUAGGCUAUGAAUUCGAUGCUGGGUGGGUCUUAACGUUACAGCUUUUCAGAAUUGCAAAUAACUAUCGUGCGUAAAAGCUCCUUCACAGUUAGUCACAAUGUUGGUCCUGGCUGGAAUCGUUGUUCUUCACAUUACCGCCAUCAUCCUGCUUCUGGUGGCAACCAUUGAUAAUGCCUGGUGGUUCACAGACUCAGUGGCCACAGACGUGUGGGGCCGGUGGGAACUGGCAGGCUCAACUUGGCACUACACCAACCUCAAAGGAGACUAUGCUGAAGAAUACCUCCAGGUAGUGCAGGCCGGGGCAGUGCUGGCCUGCAUCUUCUCCAUCCUGGGCCUGUUUGUGUUUGUGGCUCAACUCUUCACCUUGUCCAAGGGCCAGAGGUUCACCUUCUCUGGAGCCUUGAUGCUCAUCUCCUGUCUGUGUGUAAUGAUCGCUGCGUCCAUCUACACGGACAUCUUCCACAAGCAGGACCAGGGCUGGUUCGGACACUCUUUCAUCCUGGCCUGGAUCUCCUUCGUUCUCACCUUCAUACUGGGCGUCAUCUACGUGGUCCUGCGCAAGAAGAGCGAGUAGAGGAACAAGGGAUGAAGGGGAGGAGAGGAGGAUUGUAAGGAAGGAUAGUUUUUAUUACGUUUUUGCAUUGUGUUGGAAAGGGAUGGAGGGAGGGGUCUUAAUUAGUUUAUUAACAGUCCCAGUAUUCUGAUUUGUCUUGUGAGGAGGAAGGUGGUACAGAAGGGGGGAGAGCGGACCCCAAAGAAUUGUAUGCACAAUCAAUUUCUAUGCAGACUACUGCAUGCCUGUUCAAAUGGGAGAUUUGUAAUGUGUAAUUGAUAUAGUACUGUAUUUUUCAAGGUAUGCUACGUACCUGUUGCAGUACUUGAACAAUCAGCAAACAAGCUUUAAUUUCCAGUACAUGUUUUAAAAGGAAUCUGAAUUUUUAUUUUUUAUAACUGAAGUAUUUUAUAACCAAUUGUAAUUGUUUUUUUAUCUAAAUACAUUGUAACCGUUUGUUGUGUAAUUGUCGUAACGUGUAUUCUAAGGGUAUUUUAAUCAUGUGUGAUUCUGAGUUUUGGUUGGCUUCUAUAUCAAAAUACAUUUUAA